GCUAGCUAGCUGCAAAUGUCCAGAGCCUGCGGCUGAAAUCCGGGGAAACUGAGAGAAAAAAGGUCCCGGAAUGCUCCGGUCCGAGUCGCGUUGCACAAAAGUGCCGGUAGAUUAUCGAGCUAAAGGAAUAGCUGAUGACCACAAAACGUGGGCAGCUGAAACACCAACGCUAGCCAGCAGACCGGCUAAUUUCUGGGCAGCUACAGAUUAGCUUCUGGCUAGCUAUCGGAUAGCUUCUGGUUAGCUUUCUGACUAGCUUCUGAAUUAGCCCCUGGCUAGCUUCCACGGUGGAUUUUCAGAUUUGAGGUAAAUAAUACUUUUUUGUAAUUGGUGAAGCGGGUUGCAGGAAAGCUUUUGCAGGAAAGCUUUUGUAGUUGAGUUCUUGGAUAAUAAAAUAUAUAAAAGAUAUGCGAAGAAAGGUGUAAAUAUAUAUAUAUAUACAGGACACGACAAUACGAAACAGAAAUGACGUCUGAACUGCUAAGCCAUCUUGGAAACAUAAUCUAUAAUCUAUAAACAUAAUCUAUAAUCUAUAAUCUAGCCUACUAUUACUGGACUUGAUCCAUAUAGCUUGAAACAUUCAACCAUCCAUCUGUAAUCCAUUUAGUAACUUUACGCCUCUGUCCCAAUUCCAGCACUUUAUCCUAUAUAUGUGGCCUACAGGCUGACUGGCAAUUGUAUGGAACAAUUCCAAUCAUUGUCCUUCAAUGUAUGGAGGGAGAUCUAAUGAAAAGUCAUAGGCGAUUUAGUCAUCUCUCAAGAGCUGGUUUAUGGAAAUCAUCCGUAUUAGGAUGACCAUCGGUGCUAUGAUCAUCUGACUAGUGCACUGCCUGGAGUUUGAUAAACGGCAUUGGCACUUGGACUGGAACCGAUGCUAUGGUCAGAUGACAUGAUUGUACAAGACAUUAAGAAGAAAUUCCUAAUAUUGAGUUGCAACCCACCCCUUUAUGCCAUCAGAACAGCCUCAAUUAACUACAAUGCUUCCCACAGUUGUGUCAAGUUGUCUGGAUGACCUUUGGGUGGUGGACCAUUCUUGAUACACAUGGGAAAUUGUUGAGCGUGAACAACCCAGCAGCGUUGCAGUUCUUGACACAAACUGCUGGCACCUACUACCAUACCCUGUUCAAAGGCACUUAAAUAUGUUGUCUUGCCCAUUCACCCUCUGAAUGGUACACAUACAUAAUCCAUGUCUCAAUUGUCUCAAGGCUUUGAAAAUCCUUCUUUAACCUGUCUCCUCCCCUUCAUCUACACUGAUUGAAGUGGAUUUAACAAGUGACAUCAAUAAGGGACCAUAGCUUUCACCUGGACUCACCUUGUCAGUCUAUGUCACAUGUGUCAAACUCGUUCCACGGAGGGCUGAGUGUCUGCAGGUUUUCACUCCUCCCUUGUCUUUGAUUGAUGAAUUAAAAAUGAAAACCCCAAAACCAGCAGACACUAGGCCCUCCACAGAAUGAGUUUGACACCCCUGGUCUAUGUUAUGGAAAGGUGUUCAUAAUGUUUUGUACACUCAGCCUAUAUAAAAUGCAAGAAAAUCGCGUUUUUGACUACACUGUCCCUUUCAGGUCAACGGCAUCAUGAAUUACAAAGUAGCAGCUAAUUUUUGCCAAAAACCUGGAUGCCUCUGCCAGGAGACUGACACUUGGCCACAAGUGGAUCUUCCAUCAAGACAAAAAACCCAAGCACUAAUCAAAAUCAAGUAUUGCUCAAGUAUUGCUCGAGUAUCGAAAACAGGGGUGUCAAUCAUUUUGACCCCUAUCCUUUUGAAUUUUUUCAAAAAUUACUUUCUCUGAGCAAUUGUAUUAGUAUAAAAUAAUAUAAUUUCACACAUUUGUUUUGCAUAGAAAAUAGCUCUUUAUUUCAUAGUGUAUUUUGCUCAUCUUAACAAAGGGUGCCAAUAAUUAUGGACUAGACUGGAUAUGCUACUAUUACUGGACCACAUCCCAUACAGCCUUAAACAUUCCAAUAUCAAUCUGAGUGUGUAAUCCAUUUGGUAACUCCUUGUCUCUAUCCUCAUUCCAGCGCUUUAUCCCAUAUACUGUGGCCUACUGGCUGGCUUGCCAUGGUAUGGAAAAAUUACAAUAAUUGUCCUUCAAUGUAUGGAAGGAUAUCUAAUGAAAAGUCAUAGGAGAUUUAGUCAUCUUUCAAGAGCUGGUUUACAGACAUCAUUCACUGAGGAAUUUGGCACUGUAGUUUGGGCUGUCAGUUAGAAUCCUAACAAAGCUGUUGCUUUGUGUGUUUUUCUUGAGUUCUGAGCUCAGUGCAAUGUAAACUAUGCUCUCUUAAAACAUUUACAUUUUUUUUCAGUGGUCUCUAAUGCAUAGAGCAUAAUGCAUACUCUAAAGAAACCAAAAAAUAUAAAGACUAAAGCAGCUAAGUAUAACAACAGGUUACAAUCCAGUUUUCUUUACAGAUGCAGUAGCUUUCCAAAAAAGCCCAAUGUGAUCUGUGCUCUCACCAUUCCUCUGUGUGUCUGCUAUGGAGAGCGCUGAGAUUGCUUGCCCAAAUUUCUGUCUGGAAGAGGAAUGAUGAAAGCAACAUGCAAUAGUAGGCUGAAAAAAUACUGUAUUAAACCUCAAUAUUGGACUUGUAUUUAAUUGAAAGUGUGCUACACUGUUGGUUAAUUCAGACAUGGAAGGGUUAUACACACAGCAUUGGGCAGGCUCUUGAGUACUUCUAGAGUGGCGGUGGAGCAGUGGUCAGACAGGAGUGUAGUUUCUAGUUUUAUGAACGGUGUAUUCUGGUCUUAUCUUAUCUCAGUUGUUUCCCUGCCGCGCACUUUAUUCACGCGCUCGCAUGCACACAGACCACUCCUUUUGCGUCCCCGUUCGUUCCAUCUUCAUCUAGUCCUCCUCCCCCCACCUCCCUUCUUCUGCCUCCUCCUCUCUCGUGUCUAUGCGAGAGGAGGACACGCUCAUUUGAUUUCAUUCGUGAGAAGUCUUCGAGUAUCCUCACGGAGAAGGACAUCGAAUUUUUCGAGGAGGGCAGAGGACCUAAUCGGUACCUGCCUCGAAAUUCGAUGACGGAAUCACCCAAUGAGCGUAAUCUAUCAAACCCGGCAUAAUCGCGCGUCUUUUUGCCGUGUUUGUGCACCUCGGUAAACGGGAUUGUAUGCAUAAAGAAGAUAAGCAUUAUGACUUUGAACCCUUUGAUAAAAGUAUGGGGAGCAAUGGCUGGGUGUUCAUCUAUCGGUUUACAGUGAUAUAAAGCGCAUACCCGCAGCAUCUUGAUCAAUAUCCUAUUAUCACCUGAAAUCUGCUAUUAGAAUAGGAAUACUAUUUUAUGAUGUACUUACAAUCUAACGUGUUAUGGUCAGCAUGUGGAUGCUCAUUUGUUUUGUCUUGAAAGAGACCCAUUUAUUCCUUGCCACUGAAAGGAAAACCGCACCAUGGGUUGGUGCUCCUUGAAUAGUCUACUCACCUCUGCACAUACCUGUCACAGAAGGCUACUGCCCGGUUUUGGAAUUACAAUUGGAUUGAAAUAAAUUCUAUAGAACAACCCAAUGGACAAUUACUCACAUCUACAACUGCAGUGUCUGGAGAUGACGACUAAGAGGAAGAUCAUUGGGCGCCUGGUGCCGUGCCGGUGCUUCCGGGGUGAGGAGGAGGUCAUCUCAGUGCUGGACUACUCCCACUGCAGCCUGCAGCAGGUGCCCAAGGAGAUAUUCAGCUUCGAGCGCACGCUGGAGGAGCUCUACCUGGAUGCCAACCAGAUCGAGGAGCUGCCCAAGCAACUAUUUAACUGUCAGGCUCUCCGGAAGCUGAGCAUGCCUGACAAUGACCUGUCAAACCUGCCAACCACCAUAGCCAGCCUUGUAAACCUGAGGGAGUUGGACAUCAGUAAAAACGGUAUUCAGGAGUUCCCAGACAACAUUAAAUGCUGUAAAUGCUUAUCUGUUGUGGAGGCAAGUGUAAAUCCCAUUGCCAAGCUCCCAGACGGCUUCACCCAGCUCCUCAACCUGACACAGCUCUUCUUAAACGAUGCCUUUCUGGAGUACCUUCCCGCCAACUUUGGCAGACUUUCCAAGUUACGGAUCCUGGAACUGCGAGAGAACCACCUGAAAACGAUGCCAAAGUCAAUACACAGACUGUCACAGCUGGAGCGAUUAGACUUGGGAAGCAAUGAAUUCUCUGAACUGCCUGAAGUCCUGGAGCAGAUCCAUAACCUAAAGGAGCUGUGGAUGGACAACAACUCUCUGCAGAAGAUACCUGGGUGUAUAGGGAAGCUGAGGCAGCUGCGCUACCUGGACCUGGCUAAAAACAGGAUUGAGAGCUUGGACACUGACAUCUCUGGCUGUGAGUGCCUGGAGGACCUCCUGCUCUCUUCCAACAUGCUGCAGCAUCUGCCUGACAGCAUAGGAAUGUUGAAGAAGCUCACAACACUAAAAGUGGAUGACAACCAGCUCACCUCACUGCCUAACACCAUUGGAAGUGGACGCGCCAAAUUAGGUUUAUCGCUUUUAGAGGAGUUUGACUGCAGCUGUAAUGAAUUAGAGUCCCUGCCCCCCACCAUUGGCUACCUGCCCAACCUUCGCACGUUUUCUGCUGAUGAAAACUUUCUCAUUGAACUACCCAGGGAGAUUGGGAACUGUAAGAAUGUGACAGUCAUGUCUUUACGCUCCAAUAAGCUGGAGUUUCUACCUGACGAGAUCGGGCAGAUGACCAAACUACGUGUCCUCAACUUAAGCGACAAUAGAUUAAAGAAUCUCCCAUUCACUUUCACAAAAUUAAAAGAUCUUGCUGCUCUUUGGCUUUCAGACAAUCAGUCCAAGGCCCUGAUCCCUCUCCAGACAGAGGCUCAUCCAGAGACCAAACAGAGGGUCCUCACCAACUACAUGUUCCCUCAGCAACCACGACAUGAUGAGGACUACCAGUCAGACAGCGACAGCUUCAACCCCACCUUAUGGGAGGAGCAGCGUCAGCAGAGGAUGACCGUAGCCUUUGAGUUCGAGGAGAAGAAGGAGGAGGAGGACAACUCUGGAAAAGUCAAGGUUGAGAUCAAUCUGAAGCGCUACCCCACACCGUACCCAGAGGACCUGAAGAACAUGGUGAAGUCAGUGCAGAACAUGGUGGGCAAGAACCAGCUUCCCCUCAGCACUGGUACUAACUCCUCUGGUACCAACAUGGAGUCACGAAAACAAGAACAGUAUGAGCCCCCCUGGCCCAUGCCCCCCAAAGAGGUGAUGGAAAGAGAGAUGUUAGAGAGAGAGAGAGAGUUCAACAAGACUCAGAUGACAGAGCAGGGCAUCAUCCACAACUCUGCCAUCGACAUCCCAAAGCGCAAGGACAAGGAGGAUCUGACUGAGAGCUCAGAGAUUUCUUUACAUCGCGUGGUUCCCAAGCUGCCACAGCCAGAGAAUGCGUCCUCAGCCGUUACAGCUUCUUCCUGUUUUUGCCUCAUAGAUUCUAUGAGCGGCUCUCCGAAUGAUAUCCGUAUCUCUGAUAUGAGGCCCACCCUGGUGGAACCGUCCAUGUACAAACCAAAGGUUGUAUUACUGGGGAAAGACAAGAAAGAGUCUACAGAUGAAUCAGAUCCGGAUAAGAUGCAUUGCCUGAACAACAGUGGCUCGUCGGCCACCUACUCGGACUACUCUCCAUCCCAGGGUUCUUCUGGCUCCUCUAACCCCCCGGGCAACGUGGCCGCCCUGCAGGCUGCUGGGAAGGAUGGAGGAGUGCCUCAACAACACUGGACCAACAGGCUGGUCCAGCAGUUCCCCAAGCCCAUCGAAACCAAGCCGCUACUGAGUCAGAGAGACCCCAGAGAGACCCCUCCCUCCAGCACACUGCAGCAACGCAGUGAGCGACGCCCCCUCAGUGACACCUUUGACCAGUGGAACGAUACCUCCCACUACGACAACACAGGCUUCGUGUCUGAGGAGGCUCCUCUGAAGACCCCCAGUGGUAGCAGCAGUGGUAACCCCAUGCUGGGCUCCAAGUCCCGCAGCUCCUCCACCUCCCACGGGGGCCGCCGGCCCCUCAUGAGGCAGGAGCGCAUCGUGGGCGUCCCCCUGGAGCUGCAGGAGGCCCCUCACCAACACCCACACCCCUCCCACCAAUUUCAUAAUGUCCGCACCACGCCUGAAAAUGAAGUGCCUCAGCCUCCCCCUCCCAACCCAUGGCAGAACUGGACGCGAACGCCCAGCCCCUUCGAGGACCGCACAGCUUUCCCCUCAAAACUGAGCUCCCCAGGCAACAGCCCCAACCCUGACCGCAAGGACUUUGAGCAGGAGAUGCAUCAUGGGGAGCUGCCGGGCACGUUCCCCUCCACAGGGACAUGGGGUUACCUAGACUCCAGGAACUCCUCGGGUCAGGGGCGCAGCAACCAGCAGGCCAACAUAUCCAGCAUGUACCAACAUGUCCAAUCCAAGCCCACUAGACCAAGCUCUGGUGCCAUGGUGAUGAGCAAGAGCUCUGAGCGCCUCUCUCCCAUGAUGAAGGAGGUGAAGGCUAAGUUCAAGAAGUCCCAGAGCAUUGACGAAAUAGACAUGGGCUCCUACAAGGUGUACAGCAUCCCCGUGGACAGCUACAGCUCCAGCAUAGAGAACCAUGGGAGUGUUGACCGUCCAGACAUGCCGGCCCCCAUGGAGCAGAGCAUGUCCCGCAGCCAGUCUGCCCCCAUGCUGGACGAUGAUGACGCCUACGGCACAAAUAGCCAGCAGCAGAAGCCUGCCAUCCCCAAGAAGGUCUACCACUUCGACCAGAGCUUCAACCCUCAGGGGGCUAUGGAUAUGAGGAAUCAGCAGCAGGAGAGGAGGGCCCCUCCGCCCUUCCCCAACACCCCUGAGUAUGUCAACCAGCCGGGGAAGACCCUGCCCAAAGAGCUGGUGAGCCCCAGGGGCUACCGGGGUUACCCUCCCAUGGACCAGAUGUUCUCCUACUCUCAGCCCUCAGUCAACGAGGAGAACCAGCCGUCCCAGCAGCAGCAACCCUUCCCCAUCCCUAGUCAGCGCUCCCGGCCUGGGUUCCUGAGGCGGGCUGACUCCCUGGUCAGCUCCACAGAGCUGGCUCUGUUCCGCAGGGUUCAGGAGGCCCAGGAGAUGCAGCAGAUGUCGGACCACUACGGCCGGCAGCACUUCAAAAGCAUUCUGGAGCAACAGAACAGUCCCAGCAUGGCCCAGCAGGACCAACAGUACAACAAGAGGAAUGGCAGGUACGAGGAAGACUACUCCUCCUACCAGGAGCCCAAGAAGCCUAUCUUGGGCUACCCUACAAAGAGCCUGACGCAACGACGCCCCCUGUCGGCCAGGAGUUACAGCACAGAGACGUUUGGGGCGUCCCAGGCCAGGCCUGUGUCUGCCAGACCCACAAUGGCUGCACUGUUGGAGAAGAUGCCCCCAGAUUAUAAUCUGAGCACGUGUACUGAGAAUAUAAAGAGCCCUGAUGAGAUGAAAAUGCGCACCAUGCAGCUGCAGCAUAAGCCUGAUGAUAUGUCCUCUAAGAUGCCAGUAGACUGGAGGCAACAGCUGCUUAGACAUAUAGAGGCCAAACGAUUAGACCGGAGCGCUGUCCUUAAGCACAACACAGUAAACUUCGGCAUGCUGUACUCUGGAGGCUAUGCCGCACCGCAUGCCGGCAGAAGCAUGACAAUAAACUUUUACAAUAACACGAAUAAGCAUGAAAACCAAACAACACAGUGGCUACCUCUACCCAAUACCCCUUCUCAACAGAGCAAUAUAUUAGACAACGGCCAGGAGGUGGUCUCUCCCACCACUCAGUGGGCCCCCUACUCACUGGGCAGGAGAGACGUGCCCCCAGAAAAUAUCAUGAAAAAGCUUCCUGACUCUUUGCCUAACGGGUUGAAUUACCCACAGGCAGGCGGCCACCACCCCCACCAAUCACAGACAAUGAUAGUGACGUCCGCAUCAGCCACACCCCCACACCGCUCGGUGCGGGACCAGCAGUACGAGGGCGCCAUCAACAAGAUCUCCAUCCAACAGUACCAGUCUCCUCUGCCCAUGGCCACCACCACCAGUCCCCGGCCCCAGAGCGCACGCUGUCUCAUCCAGACCAAAGGCCAGAAAAGCAUGGACGGCUUCCAGGAGCAGUUCUGUGUGCGGAUAGAGAAGAAUCCAGGCUUAGGGUUCAGCAUCUCAGGUGGAAUCAGUGGCCAAGGGAACCCCUUCAAGCCUUCUGACAUGGGUAUCUUUGUUACUAGGGUACAGCCUGAUGGACCAGCCUCCAACCUGCUUCAGCCUGGGGACAAAAUACUGAAGGGCAAUGGACAUAGUUUUUUACACAUGGAACAUGAAACUGCUGUGUCUCUUCUGAAGAAUUUCCAGAAACCUGUGGACUUGGUAAUCUUGAGGGAGAGCACAAUUUAAAUAUUUUUUUAUAACACCAUUGCUUCUCACCCAAACGGUUUGUGGAAAUGUGUACAACCGAUUUUUAUCUAUGAACAGAGACAUUUGCCAAUUGCUGGACCAAUGGCAAAAACUAGUGCCAAAUGUUCUAUAGGAUACAUAUCUUAUAACCUAUCUAUGAAUUUUGUGUAAACAGGAAAUGUAUAUUCUGAGUUGAUGUGAAUGAAAGUCAUUUUUCUCAUUCAGCCCGAGGCUGUAGGUUGGAGUAAUUUCAUGUUAUUUAUUUUUAUUUGAUCUUUGUUUUUAUUUGGAAGUUUUUUGCUUAUUUAUAUUGCCUUUUAUUUUGUACCUUUUUCAUUGUAGCUUCUCAUUUUACUCUCAGAGCAUGAAAACACACUAGCUCUUUAGGAAUUACAUUCACCAUAAACACUGCCUCAACUUUGUAUAUGCCUUGUGUAAAUAUUUUAAUUUACAAUAAAGACAUGAACAGUAGAGAGGGGAAUGGUACUGAAAAUAUAAUUUUUUUUGUUGCAGAAGAAAGAAAUCGCACUUGUCUCCAACCUUAAUACAGGGCCAACUUAUAAUCAGUUUUUUAUUUUUUAUUAUAGGUUUUCCCAUCGGUUUAUUUAAUUGUUUUAAAACUAUGUUGAUCUCUGUACCCAACCAGUCACUGCAUUCUGUGAACUAGAUUUUUUGUAGGUGCUCAAUGCUCAAUAAUGUAUAUGUAUAUGUUUACACACAUGAGCAAGAUUGAAGUAGAAGCAAUAUUCUAUCCCACCUCUGAAAAUCUUUUUGUAAACAUGACAAGACUACCCUAGAGGGCCAUCUGCUGGCUAUAUUAUGUGGUUUCCCGUAAUUGUGCCAAGGAGUAUGUAAUGUAUACAUACCCCCACAUUCAUGUACAGAAAAAUCCAUUGUUUGUGCACUUAAGCACAAUUGUAACAUCGUUUCUCAUCUGUUUGUCUGUGUUUUUAUAAAAAAACAUUUGAGUGGUUUUGUUCGCACUGAUUUGAAGUGGUGUGAGUAAUAUUGCUUAGCUUUUCAGCACCACUCUGUGGAACACCAAUUACUUUUUAGAACUUCAUUUCAAGCUCAGUUUAUUAUGAGUACGCAUCAUUGGAAAAGUAUUAAUGCGAGAACUAUGAUGUUUUUUUUCAACAAUGCCGCUGCCCAGAAUAAGCAUUUCACCCUGCUACAUUUCUGGAUGGAUGUUCAUUUUAAGCUCUGAUGUUACAGCAUGGUCUUUGAAUAUGUUUUUGGGAUACAUUCUGUGUUUUGAAAUAGAUUUUAGGGUCUCUCUUAUUAAGAGAUUUCUCUCUUUUUGCAAACCGAUAAGAUUAUUAUAUUGUCAAAAUUGGUGCCAUUUUAUCCCAAUCAAAAACGUAUUCCUUAUGAGCCCUGAUGAGCCCUGAAUUUUUCAUAACAUUUUUGUCAAAUGUAGCAUCAAAUGUGACAUUCUUGAGAAAACUAAGCACCUAUAACCCUAUGGAGGGACCCUGGUUGAAUUUGUGCCAAGCUAAGCUAGUAAGUGGUACUUCGGUAUGCAGUCAAUUAUGAGUUCAUAUAUUCAAGAUAUUGUUACAGAAAGUUUGAUAAUAUAAUUAUUUUUACUAAAUGUUUUCAGGUAAUUAUUCGGAAUAUAUUGAUAUACCUUUGCUCAAAUAUAUAGCUUUGCUCAAUUUGCGAGAUUUUAUAAGGACAAUGAAAGAGUAUGGAUGAAGAUCUUACGACUUGAAGAAAAGCUGUACUAUCAAAUGUAUUUCUACAGUAAUUGUGAAUUUGUGUUAUACAAAUAUUAUAUAUAUGUAUAUGAAUAUAAAAAUAGUCAUUUUUGUAUGUGUUUAAAAUACAAUUAAAUAUAAGAAAGCGAAUAUAUGGUAAUAUUCAGUCAAAUUGCAGUAUUGAUGUAAAUAAUUGUGAAUGAAAACACAUUGAGAUAAUUUAUUCAUAGAUUGUGAAUGUACUCCAAGCUUCUGCAGUAUGAAGACUUAUUGGACUUGAAUGCUGCUUCAUUUUUUGUGCAAAAAGUAAUUUUAACUAUUAAAAGAGAAUUAUUCUGUUUAGUUGGACAAAUUUAGUAAUAAUUUAUUAAACUAUUUAUUUGCACAUGCAAGUUUAAACCUUCCAGUUUUAUUUCUGUAUUAACACAAAGAAAUGUAAUUGGUAAAGUAUAUAUUGUGUGUUUAGAUUGCAUUUCGCAGAUGCUAUCUGUACAUAUUUAAGAUACAUUUUUAUUAAAAAAAGAUUAUAAAAUUGAACGAAAAAUGCUGUGCAGCAAAUACAGAGCCAUUUUCGGCUUUGGAAGUACAAUUUUUCAGUAUUUAAGAAGUGUUUUGAAUAAUGUAUAAAAGUAUAUUGUACAAAUAAAAAUGUCACUUGUUAUUUUU